GUCAGAGUGAGUGAAGGACUGAGUGGAACAAGAAAGCUUUACAAGGGAGGGGCACUGUACGCUGGUGUGGUGCUCCUACCUGCUUAUAAGUGUCACGCCAGAGAAGAAACGGCACUUCCUGGUUCUCUCUGCUGGCUGUCCGGGCUGCUCCCCAUCACCUCUUUCUUUGCCUGGGAACAUGGCCAACAGGAAAAUAAUCGCAGUGUUUGGAGCAACAGGGGCUCAGGGUGGCUCUGUGGCCAGGUCUAUUCUGGAGAACAAACAUUUCGCACUGAGAGUACUGACCAGGGAUGUGACUCGGAAAAAUGCCCUAGAGUUUCGGGACCUUGGUGCUGAGGUGGUCAGAUGUGAUCUGGGUGACCCUGCAUCUGUGGAAGAGGCCUUAAAAGGGGCCCAUGGAGCCUUUGUGGUGACCAACUUCUGGGACCAUCUCAGCAAAGAGAAGGAAGUGUGUCAGGGAAAGCUAGUGGCAGAUGCAGCCAAGCGCCUGGGCCUGAAACACGUGGUUUACAGCGGCUUGGAGAAUGUGGAUCGGUUGAGCGGGGGCAAGCUGAAGGUUCUGCACUUCGAUGGGAAGGGGGAAGUGGAGGAGUAUUUCUGGUCCAUCGGUGUUCCCAUGACCAGCAUCCGCUUGGCGGCUUAUUUUGAGAACUUCCUCACUGUGUGGAAGCCAGUGAAAACCUCGGAUGGUUACUACACCCUAGCCCUGCCCAUGGGGGAUGUCCCAAUGGAUGGGCUCUCUGUCGCCGACAUUGGAGCAGCCGUCUCCAGCAUUUUUGAUUCUCCAGAGGAGUUUGUAGGCAAGGCUGUGGGCCUCAGCUCAGAGGCCCUAACAAUACAGCAGUACGCCGAUGUUUUGUCCCAAACACUGGGGAAGGACAUCCGAGAUGCAAAGAUCACCCCAGAAGCUUAUGAGAAGCUGGGAUUCCCUGGAGCAGAGGAAUUGGCCAAUAUGUUUCGUUUCUAUCAAAUGAAGCCAGAGCGUGACAUCAAGCUUACCCACCGUCUAAAUCCCCAAAUCAGAAGCUUCAGCCAGUUUAUCUCAGAGAACCAGGGAGCCUUUAAAGGAAAUGUGAGGAGCCUCAGCUGUUGAGGCUGCAUGGUCUCCUGUCCCUCAGAUCAUGCUGUCCUUGCAACACAACAUUCCCCUUUACAGAGCAGCUAAGUUGAGGAGAUGAUUGUCGGUACCAUCUGAGGGUUCUCUAUGCUUUCUCUCCAGGAGAGACACAGCAGUUGGGAUUUAACACAGCAAUUUCAUUCUCUUAAAACUUUCCAGCUAGUGAUUAAUAGUAGUAGAGUUGUGCAGUGAAUUGAGAAGUCCCAGAAUACACUGCCUACUCCAGAUCUUUCUGUCCAAGAUCCAAGUUGUCAGGGACUAGGUGACGGGAGCCAUAAGCCUAAGUGACUUGAUACACAUGCCGCCAUAUUU